UGGCAAAAGAGAAUGUCUGUAGAAAAUUUUGUACUCGACUUACAUGAAAAUAAAUGUCCGUUUGGGAUUCGGGAUGAAAAUGAGAUAGAGGAUAUAGAAUCGGCUAUCAAGGAUGCCAUCAAGAACAUUUGCGAGUAUUUGGCUUCAAAAGAUCCCCAGCUAUUAAUGUCGGAUUUACUUCCAACAGGAGGAUACUAUGAAGAAACAAAAAUAGAAAAUCCAAAUGAAUUCGAUUAUAUGGUUGUUUGUGAUAUUGUUUCUCUUGAAACGGAAUUCAAAAUGACGAAUAGCUGUCCUGGAUGUGUAACCCUUUCACCCCACCACAGAGAUCGUUGGGAAGAAUUUUGUUCAGGUGAAACGUUUUGUUGUUCACCAACAAAACACUUAAAUGGCCCAGAGGAAAUUACUUCGUUUAACAAUUACUUCGAAUUUGUCCAGAAUUGUGCAUAUGAGGAAGUUGAAAAAUGUAUAUCGAAGACAACUGGAAAUUUGUAUUUAGUUGGAGCUGGUUGGAAAUGUCUUUCUGUCUCGUGGGAUAGUUUCUCGAAUGAAACUUUGAAAAAUAAUCCGGAUUUCGGCUUGAUUGACGUAGAUAUGAUGCCAUGCAUAAGAAUUCCAGAAGAUAAAAUGAACGAAAUCCUAAAGGAAGUUCCACCUGUUUUGCACAAGUAUGUCAGGAACGAUGGUUGCCAUAUUGUUCCGAAAAACUGUGGCAUAUAUUCUGAACAUUUUUGCUGUCAACUUUCGUUUACUAGAUCUGAAUUAUUUAUGAUUCGUGAAAUGAGUCAACAUCACAUUAAGUGUUAUAAAAUUUUAAAGGUUAUUGGUAAAACGUUGUCUGCAUUGUGUUUUGACUCCUAUGCAAUCAAAACGUCUAUUUUACACCACUGCUAUUUCGAAGGCUGUACCGAAAAUGAGUGCAUUCAUUCGUGCAUUUUGAAGGUACUUGAAUAUUUAAAAGAAACCUCAGGAAACAAGUUUUUACCGAAUAUUUGUCUUCCCAGUAAAAACGUAUGGGAACAUUCAAUGGUUGGAACUGAUGCUGAAAUUGCUCGGUUUUACAAGGCACAGGCAGGAUUAGCUGAUCUAGUCAUUGGAAUACUUAUGCAUAUAUCAGAGAUUAACAUACAGGAGUACAGUUUGCAGUCAUGUUUAAAUAUUUUCGAAAAGUUGAAAAAGUAUUUGGGAAAACUGACCGAUGGCGAUAUAGUAUUUGCGCAAGUCGAGAAAAAGAUGAGAACGUUCUUAAAAAAGAGAAAAGGUACUGGCCAUAACCGUUGUUCUGUACUAUAAUAGAUUUGCUUUUUGACACACAUCAGAUUGCAUGUGCAUGCAAAAUAUCACUCUUGCAAAACAUUUGGAUGCCUUUGUUCUGUACUGACUGUAUAUUAGAUGAUAUACCUUUUGAAAUACCAGUAUACAGGAAACUUUAAGAAACCCCUGUUUACUUGUUUGACAGCUUGUCGGGAGCUAUUUUGAGCUUUGUCAUCACUUUGCAUCGUUAAUUUUUUUUAUAUUUUAACAUUCAUUUUUUAAAGAGUUGCCAAUUUUGAUCCAAAUUUAACCUGAGUGGGUUUUGUGUUCUUUGAAAAAAACAUCUGGUAGCCACGAAAACCGCCGAUACGAAAUGUAGAAGGAGGUAGAAACAACUUUCCCUGUUAAUUGAUCAUUAGGAGGGCAAUUUUUUAAACAUGGCUGAAAUCGUAAUCAAUGCUUAAAAUAUGUGGCCAGAAUCCGGACAAUAAAUUUUCUCUUUCGUAAAGUAAAUUAAGCACGAAAAACGCUUAUAACGCACUUUCAGCUAUUUGAACCAGACAUCGCCCUAGAAGGACAUUUACAACCACAAUAAAGUGAGGGUUCUAAAGACUUCUAGUCUCAACUAAGGGACAACAUCAAAAGUUCAAUGUAGGAUAAAAACUUAAUUCACAUAGUUUUUUCACUGACCCCCCCCCCCCCCCUCUUAACUUAAUUUGAGAAAAAUUGAUUGACCAAUAUAGGCAUAUGCUAUCAGAGUAUACUUUUUGUAUCAUGAGUCCUGCUUUUUCUCAACAAUGUAUGUGUUGUUCUGUAUAUUGACUUGGGCAU